AUGGUAGGAUGCUCAUACCGAAUCUGGGAUUUAUUCUCCACCUCCCUUCCAUUAAAUGUGGGCACUAUCGACACGUUCAUAGAGAAAAACACAACUAAUGUCAACUUUCUCAACAGCAUUUUCGAACGAGCUCUUGUAAGUGAAGAUCAAAGUUUAGGGUCACUUGCAGGAACAGAAGGGCAGACCAUACCUAUACAUAGUUCUUUUGACAACCCAUAUCCUCUUUUGAAUUGUACCUGCCCUCCUUGUAGGUACUGGAGCGCAAGAGGCAGUGGAGCAGUAAAUGAGUCAGCGCCAAACUUUGACGAUUUCCAACCAUUCGCCAGUUGGACAUCGCCAUCGGUGAAACAGUUCGCCAAGUUCGAGACUAUCUGUGGAGUUAUUGUUAACAGGUGGUCUAUUAAUCAUUUGAAUUAUUCAACGAGCAAAAUUGAAGCAAAAGCUCCCGUAAAACUUCUGAAUCAGCGUUAA